AUGAUUUCUGUUGUGGGCUAUGAAAAUCAAAAUAAUGUUAUAUACUAUGUUGUGUAAUUUGAGAAUACUGUUUUACAAAAAAGGUAUUGAUUACUUUAGAGUAAUAGAUUUUCUCAAUUCGAAGAACUUCAUCAAUCUUUGUUACCUUAUUUUCCUUUGCCCAAUUUACCACCCAAAUAAUAUGUGACUGUGCUUAUUGGCAAAUCUAUUGAAUAAUUAGAAAAACGUCAAAAAGCUCUUGAUAUCUAUAUCAAAGAGUUAUACAAGAACCCUCGAAUAGUCAAAUCUUAUCAAUUUUAAUAAUUUUUAGGAUUAGCCUAAACAAUUCAAAUGAUUUAUGAAUUUGAAGGAGUUAGUUAACCAAUUAAAGACUUUACUAUAAAUUUUGACAUGGGUUUGAUGUUAGUAUUGGGAAGUGAAAAGAAGAGUGUACCUUCUAUUUUUAAUAAAGUAAAUCAGAAUUCAUAAGCAUUGGGAACUUUAGAAUGUUGGCUUUAAAAAGAAGAAGUAUUUAAGAAAGAAUGGACUCAUUCAUUUAUUAAAUAAACUAGUUGUUUUCAUCAUCUAGAGAAUACUGUUGUAAUUGGAUUUAUAGAUGGUUCACUUACUUUAUUCUUAUUGAAUCAAUAAAAUGAGAUAGCAUCAUUUAAAGAAUAUAAUUAACAUUCAUCAAAAGUAUUAGCUGUUCAUUUGAUUAAUGGAUGUUUAUGUUCUAUAAGUGAGUCUGAAUUCAAGUAUUAAUUAUUUUAUCCAUAAAAGGGUUUUUUCAAUGAAUAAAAAUGAUUUUUUAAUUAAUUAGAGUCUUAGAGAUCUAAAUGGAAUGUUAAUUAGUGAUGAGAAAGCAUAUGUGUAUGAUUAAGUUGGCAUUAUUUAUGUUUAUGAUCUUCAUAAUUAAAAAAUGUCACUUUUACUUAAGUUUGAAACUUAAUUAGAGAAUAUAAAGGGAAUUACAAAAAGCAAUAAUAAAUUAUAUUCUGUGAAUUAAAAUGGAAUAAUUUAAAUUUUAGAAACAGAUACAUAUACAGUUUUAUAGAAAGGCAAAGGGAAAGUGUAAGUAAGAUAAUAAAUUAACUAUGAGAGAGUAAAGAAAUUAGUAAUUCAGAGAGUAGAUAAGUGAUAUAUAUUGGUAAUAAAGAUGGAUCAGUAACAGCACAUGAUAGUUCAGAUUUUUCAUCUUUAUGUAAACAAUAUAUUAUAUAUUAUUUAGUUAUAAUAAAUGCUCAUAUAAAUAGUGUUAGUAAGAUAAGAAAUUUUGAGAAUGAAAAUUUGUUGAUAACGGCAGGAGAAGAUAGAUAUAUUAGAGUAUUCAUAUAUAUAAAUAAGGCUUGGAGAUUACCUAAUAUUUUGAUUAGUGAUGGAUCUAAGUAGUCUUCAUUAAAGCAAUAAUACUGA